UGCUGUGACCUGGAUGUAACUGACAGGCGGCAGCGUUUCUCAAACCAAACCAAAGUUCACUCAGGUUAGAUUUUUUUUUUUCUUAAAUCGCGAAUUAUAUUCUUCAGUUUGCUUUACAGAAACCACCCGGUUAAACUGCUUCAAACCGGUUUACACUGGUGUUUCAGUUGCGGUCCGCGUGUUGCCGUUACCGGUGGUUAGCGGGUUUCUAAGUGAAAGCAGCCCGCCGUCAAGAUGCUUUCAUCGGGCAGGACCGUCUCCUCCCGUCUGCUCAGGCCGGUCGGAUGGCUCCCUCUUCGACUGGGUUCUGACGUGAGAGCCGCUAGCUCUCUGCAGAGAGAGCUGAUAAAGAAACAUGAACUGGAGAAGGAUGAGCUACGCCCCCUCUACAUGGACUUCCAGGCCACCACGCCCAUGGACCCCCGCGUGCUGGACGCCAUGUUACCCUACCAGGUGAAUUACUAUGGUAACCCUCACUCCAGGACACACGCAUAUGGCUGGGAGAGUGAGACCGCCAUGGAGACCGCCAGGAAGCAAGUGGCAGAUCUGAUUGGAGCUGAUCCCAGAGAGAUCAUCUUCACCAGCGGAGCCACUGAGUCCAACAACAUGGCCAUCAAGGGUGUGGCCAGGUUCUACCAGACCAAGAAGCGUCAUGUGAUCACCACACAGACCGAGCAUAAAUGUGUUCUGGACUCGUGUCGUGUUCUGGAGGCUGAAGGGUUCAACAUCACGUACCUGCCAGUCCAGAAGAACGGACUGCUGGACCUGGAGCUGCUGGAGGCCUCCAUUCGUCCUGACACCUCUCUGGUGUCGGUGAUGACUGUCAACAACGAGAUUGGAGUCAAGCAGCCCAUCAAGGAAAUCGGUAAGAUUUGUCGUGCUAGAGGAGUCUUCCUCCACACCGACGCUGCUCAGGCUAUCGGAAAGAUUCCCAUCAGCGUCAACGACUGGAAGGUUGACCUGAUGUCCAUCAGUGGUCACAAGAUCUACGGACCCAAAGGUGUGGGGGCUCUGUACGUGCGUCGCCGGCCCCGGGUGCGUUUGGAGCCGCUGCAGAGCGGGGGUGGGCAGGAGAGGGGGCUGCGCUCCGGCACUGUCCCCACCCCGCUGGCUGUUGGGCUGGGAGCUGCCUGCAGCAUCGCCCAGUGUGAGAUGGAGUAUGAUCAUCACAGAGUGUCCAUGCUGGCUCAACGGCUUGUCCACAAGAUCAUGUCUGAGAUUCCUGACGUCUUAAUGAACGGAGAUCCAGAGCAACGCUACCCUGGCUGUAUCAACCUGUCCUUUGCCUAUGUGGAGGGAGAGAGUCUGUUGAUGGCACUGAAGGAUGUCGCUCUGUCAUCUGGCAGUGCAUGUACAUCAGCGUCUCUGGAGCCCUCAUAUGUCCUCAGAGCGAUCGGAGCAGAUGAAGACCUGGCUCACUCUUCCAUCAGAUUUGGUAUUGGCAGGUUCACCACAGAGGAAGAGGUGGACUACACAGCAGAGAAAUGUAUCCAACAGGUCCGCAGACUCAGAGAGAUGAGUCCUCUGUGGGAGAUGGUUCAGGAAGGCAUCGACCUGAAGAGCAUCAAGUGGACGCAGCAUUAGACUCCUCCCACUGUUUGUCUGCCUCGUAGCUGAUGACAACGGUGAUGAUGAUUAUGAUAGUUCCCUAACUCUGGGAAUGAACCAGCUUUUUCUUCCUGCACACAAACACGCACAAACUUCCUGUCUGACUUGAAGUCUGUUUGUAGCUGUAUUUCUGUGUCUCUGUAGAUUCUCCUGUAGUUGCUCUGUCGGGAGAUGUUGCUCAGAGAGUUGACCAACACGUGACAACCUCAGCUAAUUCUAAUCAUUCUGUUGUUCAUCAGUCAGCCUCUGUUUCCCAACAAGCUGCUUCUGUGUCUUGACUGAAAUGUUUUGGAGGCUGUUACACUUGGGUCCUGGAUCACAAACUCAGUUCCUCUUCGUAUGACAUUCUUUGGGUUACCUGACUUCACUGAGUCUGACGUCAGUGAUCCUGAUGAUGCUAUCAUGAAGCUGGUUUUCAUCUGGAUCUGUUAGCUCAGAGUUUACUAAUCCAGCUCUGAGCAAAUUCAUGUGAAAGAGGAGUUCUUGGUGUGAUAUGACAUGAGAUGAUGAUACCUAUGUGUAAAUUAUGUUACUGAACACAGCUACAAUAAAAAAGAGGCUGCAGUAUGGAAAAAA